UCUCUCUCUCUUCACAACAGUUAGCAGGUGAUGGGCAGUGUGAGAAAGAAAGGGAGGGGAAUGACAGGAAGCCACAGCAGAUGCUUGUGGCAGUGUUAUCUGUAGCCAUGGUGAUGCUGACAGGUCACCUGAUGUAUGGGCUGCCUAUGGACGGAAAAAGGAGAAAUCCGAGGGCCCUUUCAGAUGAGCUGUGUGAUCCAGGAUAUCACAAGUCACACGGUAUGUGUGUUCAAUGCAAAGAGGGUUUCUACACCAGUGAGAAAAACAGAGAGGAAACUUGCCUCCGCUGCUUCCAGAACUGCAUACCUGAAUUCAACAUGGAGGUGGAGAAGGAUUGCACAAGCACAUCAAAUCUAGUGUGUCGCUGUCGAGAGGGUUACGUUUGUUUGACCGAUCCACACACACGCCUAUGUGACAGCUGUGUUCCUGUCUCCACCACAAUCCCAUCCUCCACCUCUCCUGAUGUCCCAUCAUCCACUACAUCCACCACUUCAUCUACUAAGAUUAAACUGGGUGACAGUAGUCUUGUGAUGUGGAUUUUAUGUGGAUUAAGUUUUCUAAUUUUAUCCGUUAUCAUCCUCAUGCUGUUCCUCCGGCUCUGCAGGAAGAAGGAGAAGGAAUGUUUUAAACAUUUUGUCAGGCAGUGCUCGUUGGGUAAUAUGGAGGUGGACAGUGAGACUGCACCUCCUACUAGCCAACCAGAUGAGAAGCCCCAUGCCCAGGAUAUGCUGUCACAGGGCAGCACACCCACCAAUCACAGCACAGACUGCUCGUUUCAUCAGCCAAUCAGCUCAGAGCAGACUGUGCCUCCAGCUGGCAAUUUAGGCCCUCUUCACAUCUACGGUCCCAAGACAGUUUUUGUUAGUUUGCUCAAUCAGUUUGGACUGGAUGGUGGCGAGAAAAAAGCACACAAACUCCAAGAAGAAUCGCUAAACAAUAUCAACGUGCCCUACCCUCAGUCUCCCCCCGUCCAUCUGUCUGAGGAGGAAAGGAGCAGAGAGAACGAUUUCAUCUUCUUCCCAUCUCAGGAGCAAGGGAAAGAGUGCCACAUAUCUAAAGAAGAGGUGCUGUGAAGGAUAACGGAUUACUUGUACCCAUCUUCUUCCGUACUGUUCGACUGCUGUGUGGUUUGUUUUAGCUGAUGCUUCAUGAGUACCCAGUAAAACUCUAACCCUGGCAGGGGAUUUCAUCUAGAGAGCAACAGGCUGCUUUAGGGGAAGGCCUGGGUGUGUGACUAACAGUAUGGACAACAUACUUGUUGUGUAUGAGCUUGACAGUUCAUGCCAGCUUUGCAAUAUCACCCAUAAAGUACGUUUAUGCGUAACCACUGAUUCUAAACCAUCAGAACGGCAGUGGGAUGCCGAUGUUGACUGUAGGAAGAGUCGAUACCAAAGGCUUUUACGUCUUACGAUGGCUAAAUGACUCUCAGGAAGUGUUUGAAAGCAAAGAGCAGCUCUAAAACACUCAGAAGACCAAAGAUUCACAUAUAUUGCGAUAUUUAUUUUAUGUAAAUUUAUUGAAGUCAUUGUAACUGCAAUGUGUCCCAUAAUUUCCUAUCUAUCUAUCUAUCUAUCUAGGGCAUUUUGAGUCUUGACAUUAGUGAAUAUAAAACAUUUAUAUUUAUUUAUACUCAUUAUUAAUUCUAUUACAAAUGUUAAAGACACAAAAACAGUUUUUUGUUCUCACGCAGUUUAUCAGUGUUCAAUCACGUUAAGUCCCUGGUUAAUGUUGUCAGUGUUCUUCCUCUUUUCUUUGGUUUUUAUGCAGCAGACAUGAUGGAUUGUGCCAUCAAAGAAAACCCUGACAUUUUGAUGGUGGUCUGGAAAUGUCAACAUUGCUUCUUCAUUUAGAAGUCAAUAAGCACAGCACAGGAACACUCAGUAGCUGUUGUGUCAUCAUAUAUUAUGUUUUAUAUUCGCUGUAAUACACAUUUUUAAACUUGAUAUUAAUCGUAAAGUGCAAUAGAAUCAAUAAAGAUUUAUUUUUUGA